AGGCACACGGGGUAGGACGCGGCGCCAUGCGCGGCCCCGCAGCCUGGGCGCCGGCACGGCUGCUGCUCAGGGGGCCGGGCCCUGCCGCCCGCCCAUGGGCCCCGGCCGCCCGCGCUUGGUCCCCGGCCGCCCGCCCUUGGGCCCCGGCCGCACGCGCUAGGACCCCGCUGGUCCGUGAGACGCCGGCCGCUCGCGUCCCGGGCACCUCGCCGCCGCGGCUGCCAGGCGGCUGGGGCCUAGCGCGGGCACUGGGACAGUGGGCUGGGGCCUCCGGCUUCCACCGGAGCGCCGCGCUGGUCCCACGUCCGGCCCCGCGCCCUCCGCGCGCCCGACUACAGACGGGCCCGGUGGCUGAGGCCAGAGACGCCGGGGACGACUCGCAGAGGCGCCCCGCGGCAGCCAGGCGCUCCGAGGCCCAGAGGCUCCUGGGGCUGGUGGGCCCUGAGCGCGGAAGGCUGUCAGCUGCUGUUGGGUUUUUGGCUGUGUCCAGCGCGGUCACCAUGUCUGCACCUUUCUUCUUGGGGAGGAUCAUCGAUGUCAUCUACACCAACGCCGCUGUGGAGUACAGCCAUAGCCUGACCCGCCUCUGCAUGGGCCUCACCGGGGUGUUUCUGUGUGGUGCUACCGCCAAUGCCAUCCGCAUCUACCUCAUGCAGUCAUCAGGUCAGCGCAUUGUGAACAGGCUGCGCAUGUUGCUCUUCUCCUCCAUUCUGAGGCAGGAGGUUGCUUUCUUUGACAAGACACGCACUGGAGAGUUGAUUAACCGCCUCUCCUCAGAUACCGCGUUGUUGGGGCGCUCGGUGACAGAAAACCUCUCAGAUGGGCUCAGGGCCGGGGCCCAGGCCUCCAUCGGCAUCAGCAUGAUGUUUUUUGUCUCACCUAGUCUGGCUACCUUUGUUCUGAGUGUGGUGCCGCCAAUGUCCAUCCUGGCUGUGAUUUAUGGACGAUACCUACGGAAGCUGUCCAAAGCCACACAGGACUCGCUGGCACAAGCCACACAGCUAGCUGAGGAACGCAUUGGAAACAUAAGAACUGUCCGGGCAUUUGGGAAAGAGAUGACAGAAGUUGAGAAGUAUGCCAGUGGAGUAGAUCAUGUGCUGCAGCUAGCAAGGAAGGAGGCCUUUGCUCGGGCUGGCUUCUUUGGAGCAGCUGGCCUCUCCGGGAACCUGAUUGUGCUCUUGGUCCUGUACAAGGGAGGUCUGCUGAUGGGCACCGCCCACAUGACAGUGGGUGAACUCUCUUCCUUCCUAAUGUAUGCUUUCUGGGUUGGAUUAAGCAUUGGAGGUCUGAGCUCUUUUUACUCAGAGCUGAUGAAAGGUCUGGGUGCCGGCGGGAGGCUCUGGGAACUGCUAGAGAGAGAGCCACAGCUACCUUUUAAUGAGGGAGUCACAUUAAGUGAGAAGAGUUUCCAGGGUGCCUUGGAGUUUAAGAAUGUACACUUCGCCUACCCAGCUCGCCCAGAGUUGCCUGUGUUUCAAGAUUUCAGCCUCUCCAUCCCAGCAGGAUCUGUCACAGCGCUGGUUGGCUCCAGUGGUUCUGGCAAAUCCUCUGUCGUCUCGCUCUUGCUGAGGCUAUAUGACCCUGUUUCUGGAACAGUCAGUCUUGAUGGCCAUGAUAUCCGCCAGCUAAACCCAGUCUGGCUGAGAUCCAAGAUUGGGACAGUAAGCCAGGAGCCAGUGUUGUUUUCCUGCUCCAUUGCUGAGAACAUCGCCUAUGGUGCAGCUAACCCUUCUUCUGUCACAGUCGAGCAGGUGGAAAGGGUGGCGGAAGUGGCCAAUGCAGCCUCCUUCAUCCGGAGCUUCCCACAGGGCUUCCACACUGUGGUUGGGGAGAAGGGCGUGCUCCUCUCCGGCGGACAGAAACAGAGGAUCGCAAUUGCCCGUGCUCUGCUUAAGAAUCCAAAAAUUCUACUCCUGGAUGAAGCAACCAGUGCAUUGGAUGCUGAGAAUGAGUACUUGGUCCAGGAAGCUCUGGAUCGACUGAUGGAGGGAAGAACCGUGCUAAUCAUCGCCCAUCGCCUAUCCACCAUUAAGAAUGCUAACCUUGUUGCUGUUCUCAACCAAGGAAAAAUCACUGAAUGUGGGAAGCAUGAAGAACUUCUUUCAAAGCCAGACGGAAUUUACAGAAAACUAAUGAACAAGCAGAGUUCUAUAUCAGUGUAAAGAAGCAGCUUAAGUCAGGCCUGGGGUGCACAUGCCUGUCAUUCCAGGGGGCUUGCAGUUUGAGGCCAGGCUGGGCUGCCAGAGCAAGACUCUAACUUAAA